AUGAAGUUAGUCUCCGUGCUAGUGCCACACGCACAUGCGGACGAAGUAUACAAUGCAAUUGAGAAAUUGCACGGGGAGAAAGUGUUUGGCUUGUGUAGUUUGUUAGGCAGAGACAAUGUGCUCAUUAGUGGUAAGUGUACACCCAAAUAUCUACAGACCAUGCUAGAUGGACUUCACGAUAUGGAUGUGGGGGUGAAGUUUGGUAGUAUAGAUGUAGUGGAACUGCAGACGACGAUACCCCAGGUCAGGAAGGAGCCGAAGAAGAAACGCGAAUACAAGUGA